UCAACUUGGCAGAGAAGUGGCUUGCUUCUGUUGCUGCUGGAGAUACAUAGUGGCAGUACUGGUGGUUUGUUCGGAGCUGCGUGCAGAGAAAGUCGGGGAAACAAGUGUCAGAAAGAGAGCAACAGAUGUUUUUCGUGGAUAUGCGGCCGGCUGAGGAAUGAGAGCAGCAGCAAGGCACCGGCGGCCCUUCCAGCGGUUCUGCUGCUGUGGAGUCGGGCUGGUCGCAGUCCUGUGGAUCGCACAGGUCAUCCAGGCACCAGAGACAGAGUCUUCUGGGUCUCUGUCAGGCGUGAAUGGCGGGACGCUGCGAUGGACACGCAGGCUGAUGCAGGAGAAGUCAGACAACCAGAGCCUGGAUCAGCCCCGAGCAGCCAUUCACGAGUUUCCAGAGGACAUCUUUACUAAGGAGCAGAGGAAGAAAGGGGCCGUGUGUCUUCAUGCGCUCUGUGCGAUCUACAUGUUCUACGCUCUAGCCAUUGUCUGUGACGACUACUUUGUCCCUUCUCUUGAGAAAAUAUCCGAGAACCUGCACCUCAGUGAAGAUGUGGCUGGGGCGACAUUUAUGGCUGCAGGAAGUUCUGCUCCAGAGCUUUUCACCUCUCUUAUCGGUGUCUUCAUCACUAAAGGAGACGUCGGAGUUGGCACGAUCGUUGGCUCUGCUGUCUUCAACAUCCUGGUCAUUAUCGGCCUGAGUGGGAUCUUUGCAGGCCAGACAGUGAUUCUGACAUGGUGGUCACUUUUUAGGGAUUCCACUUACUACAUCCUCGCUGUACUGACUCUCAUCAUGGUUAUCUAUGAUGCUGUGGUUGACUGGUGGGAGUCGUUGCUUCUCAUGACCAUGUACGGGAUCUAUAUUAUAAUCAUGAAGUUCAACUCCCAGAUUAAGACGUUUGUGAUGCGUCACUUCAGAAACGCUGGGCCAUGCCACCUCGGAUCAGAAGAUCACAGAGACAAGACGGGAGAGGAUGCCUCUGCUUGCAACACCUCCAUGGUGCUUCUCAGCAAAGGUCAAGCCCAUGGUCAGGACCCUCCUCCUGCCAUCAUGGUGGAUGAACUUCUCAUCCUCAACCCCCACAAACUGUCCUUCUCUGAGGCCGGCCUGCGUAUUAUGAUCACCCCCCACUUCUCCCCUCGCACCAGGCUAUCCAUGGCAGGACGCAUGCUCAUCAGCGAGAGACAGAGGCUGAUUCAGAGUUCGAAAAACCAGCGUGGCAGCGAGGCCGGGCCCGCAUCACGAGAGGGGUCAACCAGCAACAGUCUGAAGAGGAAGAGGACGGGAUCCUGCAGUAUGGAGAACGGAGCCGGGAGACCAGGAAUAGGAGAUGUGGAGUCAGGAGACAAGCCGGGGGCGGAGUCGUGCCAGCCAGAGGAAGAUGAUGAUGAUGAAGAUGGGAUUUUCAGUCCUGUGCGCAUACCAGGUGGAUGUUGUGCGCGGGUGAAGUGGGUGAUCACGUGGCCUCUGGGCCUCCUGCUCUUCUGCACUGUGCCUAACUGCCUUCAGCCACGCUGGCACCGCUGGUUCAUGGCCACCUUUGUGAUCUCCACCCUGUGGAUUGCCGUCUUCUCCUACCUCAUGGUGUGGAUGGUCACCAUCAUCAGCUACACACUAGGCAUCCCAGAUUACAUCAUGGGCAUAACGUUCCUGGCAGCAGGGACUAGCGUGCCAGACUGCAUGGCAAGUCUUAUUGUAGCUCGACAAGGCAUGGGGGACAUGGCGGUGUCUAACUCCAUAGGCAGCAAUAUCUUUGACAUCCUGCUGGGUUUGGGUUUCCCCUGGGCUUUGCGUACCCUUGUGGUGGACCACGGAUCAUCAGUCCACAUAAAUAAUAAAGGACUGGUGUAUUCUGUCAUCCUGCUGCUGGCGUCUGUGUUUCUGACGGUGAUAAGUGUUCAUCUGAACCGCUGGAGGCUGAAUCGCAGGCUGGGUCUGGGUCUGCUGUUCCUCUAUGCCAUCUUCCUGCUCUGCUCCAUCUUCUUCGGGCAGAUGUGAGGCCUUAAGGUCAAAGGUUAACCCUGUCAGACAACAUGCUGAGUACAUACCUAUCUACCACACAUUCUCUUUCCUGAAGCCAAACAAAAAGAGUGACUGUUGUUGUGUUCCUUGUGAGAGUUACUGUGCACCUCUGUAGGAUUCACUAAGGCAACACUGUACACAUGCAACCACACUAACACACUGAAGUCUUUAUUUUAUCAAUAGCACUUUUUUUCUCUCCUUACAGUGCAGCAUUUGAAAGCAGUCAGUCUUUAAGUAUCAAACAGGGUGACUGAUCAUUAAAAAUGAUGGCAUGGCAGAUGGAAGCAGCAGGUUUAUUUGGAAGUGACAAACUAAGAAAUUGUGAUUUACACAAGACAAAUGUUUUUGUCCGUGUUAAUUUUAAUGAUGUAGUGUCUAAUAUUUUAAUGAUGUUUUGUUUUUUAAUAAAUUGUGUUGUCACCAUCGCAUUAAAGCAAUAAUCAGUAGUACCUAGAGUACAGUACUUUUAGAGGCUCAGAGGCUCCUCUCAGCUCCUCAUAAUCACUAUAAUGCACAGCUGCACAACAACAUGUAUUUUAAUUGUCUACAAACACAUGUACAUCCUCUUACUACUUCACAGACUUAGAUAAUGCACAUUGAAGCACAUCAGCUGUUAAUAUCCCCUGCAGUGAACACAAGGGUCUCGUUCUUUUACGGACUGUUGCUUCCCGUCACUGCAGCUCUUUUUCCUUUGAGACUACUGUUUAAUUAAUUAAUUUAUAUUUUUAAUGUUCAUGCUCUGAAUGCAGCAGCAGCCAAGUAAAUUAAAUACUUUUACAAAACGGCAAAGCAAAAAGUAAUUUUUGUUUAUUAUAGCCUGUAUCUCCUCUGCUGGCGUGUCCCAUAAAUCUCCGACCAGUUUUUAUGGGUGUCAGUGUUACCAGCAACAACAAUUGGUAGUUCAAAGGUUUGUUUGGCACAUGAUGAAGUUAACAGCUGCAGUUGUAAUUUACAGGAGGCGUAAUGAAGCGUUAGAAUGACACUAUCCAAUAAAAAUU